CGUGGAGGCACCUUCCUUUCCUUCAAUAUUUUUCUGACUCCACAAACACAAGGAUACCCCUUUUCGUCGACUCUAAACAGCUAUACUCUAGACCAGGUUUGGAUUGUUAAAGUGAAGUUAUUCAAAUUAAACAAGGGUAAACAUGUCCAUAUCCUUUUAAAUAAUCCAUCUCGAGAACAACAGUUUCUCAACUCGAAGCAAGUGUUAAGUAGCAGGUUAGCAGCACGUUCCGGACAGCGAAUCGAGACAAAUAUCUCGACUACUCGGAUCCCAAACACAAAUGGAAGUAGUCUGGUCCCUCAAACAAGCUAAGAAGAUGGCUACUUCUCUUCUACUGAGUCCACUCAUUCUCCUUCUCCUCGUCACUUGCCUUGCACCCACGGCGUCGGCGGCUACGACCACAACAUCUAUUAAACAACAGCCUGGGUUUCUCUACACUAGAACCAGAGGAAGAUGCACUCCUCAGUUUUGGAGCAGCAGGAGAGAGGCGUGGCCAAGGAUGGUCCCACAGACAUCGACGGUAUUGAACGUGUUCGGGUCGAGAGCGUUUGAACGGUACAGAUCUGAGAUGACAUUGCUGGAAUCAACGGGUGUGAAUGAAGGUGGGAACGUGUACGAUAAGUUGCUGAAGCAGGCGAGUGCUGCCUUGCUCAACUCGUAUGCCAGGAAAGGGUUUCCAUACUCGGCGUGGGAAGUGAAGACUCUGAUGAUUCAAGGGUUGGUCUCGGAAGAUGCUGCAGCUCGCCUGACCGAACGCUUUUCCAUUGCAAAUGAUGCGUGUAAUUAGUAGACUGUGUGGUCAUAGAAAAAAGCGUAGGGUAGGGGAAACUUAGUUUUGCACCAACUUGUGCUUUUGUCUUUUCAGAGUAAUCUGUCGAGGAUAAGUUCACUACUAUAUUGACAUAGAUUUUGCACACCGUUUUAUUUUGUGGACAAUCUAAUAUCUGCAUGGGAUGUUUCUUGAAGGUGAGAUCAGGAUUUCUAGUGUA